AUGUCUAUCACAGGCGUCUUCUUCGUCCCCUCUAACCCCAAUGCCCCCACGGCUCUAGCAACCAUCACCAACCGUCUGCACACCUCUCUAGCAGACGACCCGGUGCCCGUCGGCCGCUGGGCCCUAGAGCACAAGCUCAUGCGCGACACCCCCUCAUGUCUACCCGCGUCCGCAUCAAGACCGGCUCUCGUCCCGCGGUACAUGCAGUUUCUAUCUCUUUCAUAUCACCAAAACCACGGGUUCAUAUAUACCUCGGUGCCUGAAACCCCGAACCCGAACGCUACAGGCCCGGCUACACCAACACCAGCCCAAGCCGCCGUAGGGUCCCCAGGUGCAAGUCACCCCCAAAACCAGCCGAUGAUCAUGACAACCGUGCCGCUACCUUCCAGCGGCACCUUAUUCCAGCAUUUCAUGUACGCCGCGCAGCCGCUCUGGUGCCAUCGCCAUAGCGUGACGGUUCCGGGGGGCGCGGCGUACGAUGUCGGUGACUACCGGGUCCGGGUGGGCGAUGUGCGGCAGACGGUUCCUACGGCGCGGGUGCGUGGCGCCGUCGUCGAGAUUGAGUGGCGCGGGCCGUCGUUGGUGAGGUCGAUUGCGAUGCAGAUGCAGAAGGUGAGGGCUUCUGCUGCUGCUCGGGGUCAGGGCGUUCCGGACUCUGGCAAUGGUAAUGGCAACGGUAACGCUCGCGAGGGUGACGACUCGGAUUCUGCGAUUGAGCUGCUGUUCGCGGAGGGCAUCGAGGAGGCAGAUAUCGACGCCGAGUAUGUGGCGACGACGGCGCUGAUUCGCGAGUUCUGGGCGAAGUUGGGGAUCGAAGGGGCUAGGGAGGCGAUGCUACUGCCGGAUGUGGGGAAGGAAGUGAAGGGGAUGUUGAGGAAGUUGAAGCAGGGCAGGCCAGUGUCGAGUCAAGGAGGGAAGGACGAAGACCCGGAUCCGGAGGCGGGCGCGGAUGUGGCCAGGCAGUUUAUGGAGAUAUUCAGGUUCAAUCGGUGAUUUUACACAUGUCCUGUCACCUUGGUAUUGGAGGUUGUUGGGCGGUGUUGGUCUACUUGUUUGGAAAGUUCUCGAUUUUGGAUAGAAUAUGCCAGGAAUUUAACCAUCACAGCCUUAAAGACUAGGUAAUGUCAUCAGGUGCAGCCAAAGCUACAAGUAAUCAUUGACGGGCUAAAGACACAAGGGUAACGCGAAGUGAUGAGAUAUGGACAAUGAUGAAAGACGAGGGACAAAAACCAAGCCAAGGAACAACAGAGCUCGAGCAUGUUAAGAAAUGGUCUGGUCAUCCGGUUAAAGCUGACACCUGGACAUCUUCUUAACCCACUCGGCUCCCAAGUCUAACGUCCAUCCCACUCUACUCUUCUCCGAGGAAAACAACGAGGCUACGCAUAGCCAGUACAGCCACAAGGUAUUCUGCAGUCAAAAGACCAGGACUACAGACAAAGGCAAAAGAAUGAGACGGGACGUGAUGGAAUGUAAUUUCUUGGC